UUAGCCAGCCAAUGAAUGAAUGGCACAGUGCUACUUGAGUGUUGCGGUGGCAGGUCAAACAAAAGGAAGUCUUAACCACGCCAUGCCACUGUAAUAAAGAAAGACACACCUAUUUCUGCUCUGCAGCACUGAAGAAAGUAAAAGCUUUGCCCUUGUACCUGGUUCCUACUGUACUUCAGAAGAUAAGACCAACUUCGGCGGAUUAAAAGUAUCUGUCCACGUUCAUCUGGAGAGACCUCGUCUGCUUCUGUAGGGUUAAAAUGGCCAGCAGCUUCGCUCGGAUUUUGUCCAGUAAAAGGAAGGUGGGAAUCUUGUCGUUGGUCGGUGCUGGAUCUCUGACAGUGGGAUUCUUCCUGAAUAGAGAGCAGCAUGUCAAUGCAGGAGCGCACGUCCGGAGAAUCUACCCUGCUAGUGCUGAAUAUCCAGAUUUGCGGAAGCACAAUAACUGUAUGGCCAGUCACCUGACUCCUGCUGUAUAUGCCAAGCUGUGUGAUAAAACCACUCCGAAUGGUUACACUUUGGACCUGGCUAUCCAAACCGGUGUGGACAACCCAGGCCACCCCUUUAUUAAGACAGUAGGAAUGGUGGCCGGAGAUGAGGAGUCGUAUGAGGUGUUUGCUGACAUCUUUAACCCAGUCAUCAAAGAAAGGCACAAUGGUUAUGACCCCUGCAACAUGAAGCAUCCCACUGACCUGGAUUCCAGUAAGAUACGGGGAGGCCAGUUCGAUGAGAAGUAUGUGCUGUCGUCUCGAGUCAGGACAGGUAGGAGCAUCCGAGGCCUGAGUCUGCCCCCGGCCUGCACCCGCGCUGAGCGCAGAGAGGUGGAGAGGGUCGUGAUUGAUGCCUUGGCAGGCCUAAAAGGGGAUCUGGCUGGAAAAUACUACAGCCUCACUCUGAUGACCGAACAAGAGCAGCAGCAGCUCAUUGAUGAUCACUUCCUGUUUGAUAAGCCUGUGUCUCCCCUGCUGACAUGUGCAGGCAUGGCUCGCGACUGGCCCGACGCAAGAGGCAUCUGGCACAACAAUGAGAAAACCUUCUUGGUGUGGGUCAACGAGGAAGACCACACUCGUGUGAUCUCCAUGGAGAAGGGGGGCAACAUGAAGAGGGUCUUUGAGCGUUUCUGCAAGGGUCUCCAAGAGGUUGAGAGACUAAUUCAGGAGAAGGGUUGGGAAUUCAUGUGGAACGAGCGCCUGGGUUACAUCCUCACCUGUCCAUCAAACCUGGGCACAGGGCUACGAGCUGGCGUCCAUGUUACUCUUCCUCGCCUCAGCAAGGACCCUCGUUUCCCUAAGAUCCUGGAUAACCUGCGACUCCAGAAAAGGGGGACUGGAGGAGUGGACACCGCCGCUGUUGGAAACACCUUUGAUAUUUCCAAUCUGGACAGACUGGGCCAAUCGGAGGUCCAGCUGGUUCAGACUGUGAUAGAUGGAGUGAACUAUCUCAUCGAAUGCGAGAAGAAACUGGAGAGAGGCCAAGACAUCAAAAUCCCCGCCCCCAUCAGCCAGUUUAAAUAGACUGGCGGUCUUGCUUAGCUCCUCCCUUCUCCUGACUCCUCCCUCUUGUGUGUUCCUUCCUCCUUCAAUAUUCCGCUGAUACUGAUCCAUAAGCAUGCCUCUGUGUUUCGCCAGACAAACCACACUCCAGUAUAAAACAGGAGAGAAUGUAUCUUACGUCAUGAUUGUGUUCAUUAACGCUAUGGAUUUGUCACAUUGUAACUUACUUGAUUGUGUUACAAUAAUACUAUAAUAGCCAUUGUCAAGAUUUGCCUCAGGGGUCAGAGAAAUAAACAGUUGUUUUUGCUGAA